GGUUACACUGUUUACGACGUGGUUUGUCGUCCUAAACAGUUCCCUUGGACAACUGGGCUGGUUUGCCUUCCAUCCGCCCCUUCAAACGCUCGCCAUCUUUCUUGUAACAUAUGGGAUCUUAACGCUACAACCAACUAAUCAACCUCAGUCAAAGGCGGCUGGCUUCAGACGACAUCGAACUGCUCUCUUCUACGUCGCAUUUCCCCUCGCCACUUUGGGGACUCUGUCUGUCAUGUAUAACAAGAGGCUAAAAGGCUCUGGCCAUUUCAGGACUUGGCAUGGGACUUUUGGCAUCCUCUGUAUGGUUUGGCUUCUGCUUCAGGUAGUUUUAGGAGGUGGGAGUGUAUGGUUCAAUGGUGCAGCCUUUGGCGGGGGUGCACGAGCAAAGGCUGUUUGGAAGUAUCAUCGUCUCUCAGGUUAUCUUCUCUUCUUUUUUUUGCUAUUGACAGUCAAUCUCGGAGGCGCCUGGUCUCAAUGGGGUCAGAGGAACUUUUCUUACACCAUGCGCCUAAUGGUAUUCGUGGUUUCACCUGCGUCCAUAUUGACCGCAGUCUAUUCUCGUAUAAGGUUCUCAAAGAUGAAAUUCUUAACCUGAAGGGAAGAAUGACCAGGUACCAAAUAAUCAAGAUGAUGCAGGGGAAGGAAUCACUUCGGAAAGGAAGCCAGGCAAGAAACGCUCCAGACGUUCCGACGUCGC